AUGGCCGACGACACAACAACAAGCGCAUCCGCCCAGGACCCCACCCUUUCCGGAGAAGGCGCCGCAGACACCAAUGCGCUUGAUCAAGACACAAACAUGCUCGAAGACACUGCCGUCAAGGCGUCGUCAAAUGAGCCCGCGACUGCAACACCUGCUGCCGCAUCCGACAACCCUCUAGACGCACCCGACGCACCACGGCCGGAAGCCGAAGAUGCAGAUGGUCAAGAGGAUGAAGAAAUGGGCGGCACCGACGAUGCAAAGAAGGAGGGCGAAGGCGCCGAAGCUGCGGAUCCCGAAGCACAAGCAAAGGCCGAUUUGCAAUCGGCAGCGCGCUCCCACUUUGUCACGCAGACUUAUGCGACCAUCAUUCCAAGCUACGCGACUUGGUUUGAUAUGCGCUACAUUGACUACCGCGAGCGCAAGGCCCUGCCAGAGUUCUUCAACAACCGUAACCGCAGCAAGACCCCGGCCGUCUACCGCGACUACCGUGAUUUCAUGAUCAACACAUACCGCCUCAACCCAUCCGAGUAUCUCACAGUCACUGCAUGCCGAAGGAAUCUUGCUGGAGACGUGUGCGCCAUCAUGCGGGUACACGCCUUCCUCGAACAGUGGGGUUUGAUUAAUUACCAGGAACGCCCAUCGAACAUUGGCCCACCCUUCACCGGCCACUUCCGCGUCACAGUCGACACCCCCCGUGGACUCCAGCCCUUCCAACCAGGACCAGGCUCAAAAGUGACAGAGGGCAAGCAACUCGCAGCGACUGACCGCGCCGCGAGCCAACAACCCCUUGCAAAGAGCGAGACCAAGUCUCUGGCAGGCCGAAACAUCUACGAGCCCAAUGGCAAGGAGGCUUCUGUAGAACCCAAGGCGGCAAACGGAGAAGCGGCUGCAAACGGCGGAUCAGUCGACGUCAAGGACCUCGAGGCUGCUGCCAAAGAGCCGACCAAGGUCAUCAACUGCUUUAGCUGCGGUGUCGAAUGCACACGCGUACAUUUCCACGAGACGAAGCCUUCUGAGCAGCCAGGACAGCUUAAGGCUGCUGGGGGUCUGAAGCGGGAUCUGUGCCCCAGGUGUUUUGUAGAGGGCAACUUCCCAUCCGGCACAUCAUCAGCAGACUUCACUAAGAUCUCGAAUCCAGAAGAUUUGGCAGCUACCGAGACCGAGGAGAAGUGGACCGAAGAAGAGACCCUCCUACUACUUGAGGGUUUGGAGGAGUUCGAUGACGACUGGAAUCGCGUUGCAGACCACGUUCAAACAAAGACUCGCGAACAGUGUGUGAUGAAAUUCCUACAACUCGAGAUUGAGGACAAGUAUGUCGAGGCAGAUCUACCAGAGUCACAAUCUGCGGCUCCUUCAACCAAAUUCCUACGCGAUCUUGAGUAUCUUAGCGAAGGCCGCGUCCCAAUUCACCAUGCAGAUAACCCGAUACUGAGCGUAGUAAGCUUCUUGGCUGGUCUGGCACCUGCAAACGUCACUGAAGCCGCAGUCGCUUCAGGGCGCAGUGUCAACGAGAUGAAGCGCAUCUUGCAGGAGAAGAUCAACAAGGCCCCAACAGCCCCCUCAGAAAAGGGCAAGGAAAAGGAAGGCGAGCAGUCGACACCCGCAGCCUCAGCUUCAGACAUGAAGCCAGAGGGCGGAGACGCCAUGGACAUUGACACGUCCGCCGAAUCCACCACAGCAGCCACAAAAGAAGCAGACACCUCUUCAGGCGGCAACCCGCUCGCCACCCUCCCCUUUGCCCUCUCCGCCGCGCGCUCCUCAGCGCUUGCCUCCCACGAAGAGCGCCACAUCACGCGCCUCGUCUCGGGCGCCGUCAACCUGCAACUCCAGAAGCUGCAGCUCAAACUCGCCCACUUCAACGACUUCGAGAAGCUGCUCUCUGCCGAGCGCCGCGACCUCCAGCGCCGCCGCCAACAACUCUUCAUGGACCGCCUCAACUUCCAACGCCGCGUCCGCGCCCUCGAGGACGCUACCAAAAAAAUCAGCUCCUCGAUGGGCGGUCAGGGCCUCCCUGGCAGCAUGAGCAAUGAGGACGCUGUACAGGCGCUUACAGAGGCUAUUCGCAUGUUUGGCGUUGGAAAGGGGGAGGAUAGCAUGGGGGUUAAGCGGGAUAGCGUUGAUGCGGGGGUUGUCAUGCCAGUUGCUGACGGGGCAGAGGGAUACGGUAAGAUAGAGAUUUAA